AAAAGAGAGGGAGAAACUUGGAUGAAAAGAAACGUGAAACUGAUGUCAAAUCCCAAGCACCAAAACGAACUCUAACCGUUCUAGAGCUAGCGAUCUCUCCAGCUCCACCACUAGCUAAUAUUUGCAGAUUUCAGCAGCAAUGUCUCCAGAUUCAGAGAUUAACAGCAACUCCACUGCUUCAUCUUACACCUCAGCUUUCAUUUCCACUUAUGAAAGCUUGAUGAAAAUAGUAUCACAUAUUGAGCUUAGCUCGGAUGUUCUCCGAACAGCUCGUGCUGUUCGACUUACGAAUUGCUUGAGGAAGAACCUGACAGAAGAUACUUUAAUUCAAUAUCUGCUGCAUUUUGGUCUUUUGAAGAAUUCUGAACUGAAUGCUCGAUUAUCUUCAUUUCUAAUUAUCGAGGAAGAUGAGGAAGCCGAUUCUGCAAUGUCUGUUUGCGCGAUAGAAUUUUCGCUAGAGCUUGAGUUUUACUGUUACUUUCUUGUGCUGAUAUUUCUGAUUGAUCAGAAAAGAUAUAAUAAGGCUAAAGUUUGUUCAUUGGAUGGCAUUACUCGAGUGAUGAGCCUAAACAUGGCAGAGCUUGACUCUGUUAGUGUUCUAGCAGCUAGGCUGUAUUUCUAUUACUCGUAUAGCUAUGAGGUCUCAGGUGAUCUUGCUGAAAUUCGUUGGAACCUCCUUGACUGGUAUAGCGUGGCCGCUUUGAACCAUGAUGAGCUGGGACAGGAAACACUUCUCAAUCUGUUGCUUCGUAAUUACCUGCAUUACAACCUAUAUGAUCAGGCAGAGAAAUUGAGGUCAAAGGCACCAAAAUUUCUAUCACGCUCAAGUCAGCAGACUCGCCGAUACUUGUUUUAUACUGGAAAGAUUCAGACGAUUCGACUGGCAUAUACUGAUGCAAAAGAAAGUUUCCUGCAAGCUGUUUGGAGAGGUCCAGUUGCAGCUCGUGGCUUUCGAAUUCAAUGUACAAAGUGGACUGUCCUAGUUCGUUUACUACUGGGAGAAAUACCUGAGAGGACAGUUUUUAUGCAGAGUGGAAUGGAAAGGACUUUGAGGCCAUACUUCGAGCUUACAAAUGCUGUACGAAUUGGUGACCUGGAGCUGUUCGGUAAUGUCGCAGAAGAGUUUGCUGGCACUUUCAUAUCAGACGGAACAAAAAAUUUGAUUGUUCGACUGCAACAUAGUGUCAUCAGGACUGGACUGCGCAGCAUCAGCAUCUCCUAUUCCAGCAUCUCACUUGCAGAAGUAGCUGAUAAAUUGAAGAUGCAUUCCAGAAACCUGCUUGCAGAUGUCGAAAACGUUGUGGCAAAGGCCAUCCGCGAUGGAGCAAUUAACGCUAAGAUUGAUCAUGCAAAUGGGUGGCUGAUAUCGAAGGAGACUCGAGACAUUUACGCUACAGCCGAGCCACAGGUUGCCUUCAGCUCUAGGAUUUCUUUCUAUCUUAACUUGUACAAUGAGACUGUCCGGGCUUUGCUCCUCCCAUCAGGCAAUGAUAUGCAUGGCAAUAGGAGAUCAGCAAGUCAAGUACUCUAUGGAGAAUUACUUGAACUAUUAGAAGAGGUGAGGGGUAAGUAUCUUAAGAAAUGAUGCUUCAUGUUUCUCAGUUUGUGGCCUUUAACCCCCACUUUCUAUACUCUCUUUACUAAGAAAAUAAACUUGUUUCAGCAACACAAGGAAAGUACUUGUAUUUCCAUGGUGGAAUUGUUCGUAA